AUGGGUAACAAGAGUAGUGCAAUUACGAUUAAUCUCGAUCGAUCGAAUUUGUUUUAUUUUACUGGUGAAACAAUCUCGGGUACUGUCGGAUUAAGUGUUACAGAAGGAAAAGUAGAAGCUGAUGAAGUUUAUAUAGAAUUAACAGGUGAAAUUGGUUAUACAACAACUAGAACAGUUCAUCAUCAUCAUGGUUCUGGAGCUAAUCCUUCAUUUGGACAUUGUCAUACUCAUACACCACAUCAUGCAAUUGGACAUACAAAUGAUUAUACAACAACAGAAAUUGACUAUCAUCAUGUUCCAUUUUAUACUGCAAAAGCGGUUUUCUCAAAACUUGAACCUGGACAAAAGGCAGUUGUUUAUACGAAAGGAAAUUAUUCAUGGCCAUUUCAAAUUCCAUUAAGUACUCAUCUUCCACCAACAAUGUAUGAACCUCAAUCUUAUCCUCAUGUGAAAUACUAUUUACAAGUUGUUAUUGAUAAACCUUGGUAUAAACCAAAUACAAGAGAAAGAAGAUAUUUAACAAUCUGUCCACAUGUUAAUUUAUUACAAAAUCCUCAAUGUUUACAAUCAACUAUAUUUGGAAAUCAAAAUAGAAAAGACAUAAUAUUAAAAGGUACUUUAAAUAAAACAGGAUAUGUUCCUGGUGAAUUAGUUCAUAUAACAAUAGAAAUUGAAAAUCCAAAAAGAGUUCUCAUUAAAAGUAUUGAUUUUUCAAUGAUACAAUCAUCUCGGAUUGGUGAAAUGUCUCGUGAUUUUAAUAUAUUUCAAACAACUUUACCAAAUAUUAUGAAUACAAAAGAUGAACAUAUAAAGCAAUCAAUUCCAGUAAAACUUCCAUCGAUGAUUUUACCACCAUCAUAUCAAUUUCAAGGAGGAUUACAAAGAGCGGCUUUUGUUACUAAUCAAUAUAUGCUUAAAUUAGUUGCUAGAGUUGAAGGAUUUUUUACUAAUUUCGAUAUCAGUAUACCAAUUAUAUUAGGAACAGAACCAAAUCCUGAUCAAAAUCACGAGCAUAUGUCAAAUCUUUCGGCCGGUUUUUACGGCUCCAAUCUUGAACAACCAAUGUUUACUAAUCAUGAUUUACCCCCUACUUAUGAAUCUGUUGUUCAAUAUAAGCAAUAA